AUGUCCAUUGAUUUAUUCUAUGCCGACUCAGAGGCUCCAAUUGUCUCGUUGUCAGCCAAAAAACAUUUUAAUCAACUAUCAUCGCCUAAUUUACAAAAAUACGCUCAUCAUUUAUCAAGAGCAUCGUUUCAUGGUUCAAGAGCAGUUUUGGACUCAGUUUCACCCGAAAGUCCCGUAAUCUACGACUUGAUAUUACGCGUGCAUGAAAAAUUGGAUAAACCACAUUCAAACCAAGAAUAUAUUGAUAAAUUAUCCACGUCGUCGUCCUCCCUUGACAAGCAGGAUGUGACGUAUUAUUUGGAGUAUGCUGCUCAAUUUUUGGAUAAUUUGGGCAACUACAAGUCUUUUGGUGAUAGGAAAUUCAUUCCUAGAGUCAGCAAGGACAAGUUUCGUCAAUUGAUUGAAAAAAUUGAUGAUGAAGUUGCAACUGAGUUGUAUAACAAGGUUGAAGAUCAGAUUUACGAUACUGAACGUGGGCUAUUAGGGUACCCUGACCAUGGUCUCUUGUCAAACUAUUACCCACACAGUGCAAACAUCACUAAAGAUGAAAUCGACGCCGUCAACAAGGCAUUGUCAUCAGCAGGAAUCAUGCCAGAAAACACCAGGGUUGUUAAAAACGGCAGUUCAUACACUGUUCUCGUUGCAUCGGCUGAUUCAACAAAUCUUUACUCCGAUUUGAAUUUGCAAACCGAUAAUGGCACCAAGAUCAAUUUUCAAUUCGGUGAUCAUGCAAGCGACUUUUCCAAAAUUGUUCAAGAGUUGGAAAAUGCAUUGAAAUACGUUUCCAACGAUACCCAAAGAAAACUCAUUUCCUACUACAUUGAAUCUUUCAAGUCUGGUUCAAUGUCGGCUCACAAGAAAUCUCAAAUUGAAUGGGUCAAGGACUUGAAACCGGAAGUUGAAUCAAACAUCGGAUUCAUUGAAACUUAUAGAGACCCAGCUGGUGUACGUGGUGAAUGGGAGGGUCUUGUAGCCAUGGUGAAUCAUGAACGUACGGCCAAGUUCUCUCAAUUGGUGGCCAAUGCCAGUAAAUUUAUUGCUCAGUUACCAUGGGAAAGUUUUUAUGAAAAGGAUACAUUCACACCACCUGAUUUCACUUCAUUGGAAGUAUUGACAUUUGCCGGAUCUGGUGUUCCCGCUGGAAUCAAUAUCCCCAAUUAUGAUGAUGUGAGAUUAAACUAUGGGUUUAAAAAUGUCUCUCUUGGUAAUGUCCUUUCGGCCAACCCCAAAAACCCCAAAAAGGAAGAAAUCAUUACAUUCAUUGAUGAUCAAGAUUUGUUCAAAAAAUGGAGAGAUGAUUCAUUUGAAGUUCAAGUGGGGUUGCAUGAGUUAUUAGGUCACGGAAGUGGCAAAUUGUUGCAAGAAACUGAACCGGGUAAAUUCAAUUUUGAUAAGCUGCAACGCAAUGAUGUAACCACUUGGUACAAGCCUAAUGAAACUUGGGCUGGGGUAUUUGGUGCCAACAGUGGAUCCUAUGAAGAGUGCCGUGCUGAAUUGGUGGCAUUAUACUUGAUUCUUAAGGACCCCACACAAGUGUUGCCCAUUUUUGGCAUCACUUCCAAAUCUAGCCAAGACGAUGUCAUGUACAUUGCCAGUUUAUUGAUGAUUCGUGCUGGUUUACUUGGUUUAGAAUACUGGGACCCUGAGGCCAAGAAAUGGGGUCAACCUCACAUGCAGGGGCGUUUUGCCAUUAUGAAACAAUUGCACAAGGCUGGCGUAUUUGAAUUCAAACAUUCACAAUCUGAUUUUUCCGAUUUGAAGAUUGUUGUUGACAAGUCGAAACUUUAUGAUGGUGUUACUGCUGUUGACGCACUUGGUGACUUUUUAGGUCAGUUGCACGUCUACAAAUCCACGGCUAAUGUUACUCAAGGAUUGAAAUAUUAUCUUGAAAAGAGUAAUGUUGAAGAUGAAUAUGCCAAGUUUAGAGAUGUUGUUAUUAAGGAAAAGAAACCAAGAAAGAUUUUGAUUCAAGCAAAUACGGUUUUAAAAGAGGAUGGAAGUGUUGAUUUGAUCGAGUAUGAGGAAAGUGAAACCGGUAUGAUUGAAAGUUAUUUUGAUAGAAAUGUAUAG